AUGGCCUUUGUGAAGGAAUUGAUUGUCUGCGUCGUCUUCGUCGCUGUCGUUGUUAAGAGCUUUCCCAGGAUGUACGAGGAAAAUGCGGUGGAGGAAAACAAUGGCGGGGGACAGACCGCGGAUAUAGAUCGCAAUGAACACAGUCAUGAUCACGCGUACUCAUAUCAUCAUUUUGUCGAGCCAGUGGCGGGCCAUCACGAGGAAAUAACCUGGCAAGAUAAACACCAUCAUCACAUCAUUACAAGGUAUAAAUAUUCCUAUGGCGUAGACGAUCAUCAUACUAAAGAUCAUCACGGACAGAAAGAACACCGUGACGACAAACAUAUUCAAGGUAAAUAUCACAUUCAUGAGCCUGGUGGUAAUGUCAGGAGUGUAAAAUAUUAUGCUGAUCCUCACGGCGAGUUUUAUGCCGAAGUUUAUAACUACGGCGGGAAUGAGCAUUUGGGUGGCACAUAUGGUCAUAAACAUCGAUAG